AUGUCAUCCCCAGGCGUUCAAUACAUACCCGAAACCUGGGUCCAGCGCCUCGCCGCCAUCGAGCGCGACUAUACCCGCGCCCCUAUCUCCAUCUCCGACAUCGCCAGGCGCAUAGAAACCGCCUUCGACCGUCUCCGCGCCAUCGGCAGUCUCCUCGACAACUUCGACACCUUCGACCCCGGCGAAGGCAGGCGCGACAAGAAGCACACGCUGCGCAUCAGGGUUAGAGGCUUCGAUGCGCUGCGCAAUGUGGUGAUGAAGAACGAUGAUCAGGACUUUGAGGAGGUCAUGGUGGGCAGGGUGCUGGAUUUGGGAAUGCAGAUGAGGAGUAAGGCGGUGGAGCUGAAUGGCGAGGAUUUUACUUAG